AUGUUUGCAGGAAACUUCUUGGUCACUUUGGCAGUGGUUUUAUCAGCAAAUACGGUUGUUGCCACUCCUCCAGCAUGUUUUUUAAGUUGCGUUAGUGAGAUUUCUCGGACCUGUGCCAACAAUCAUCAUGAUUUGACUUGCAUCUGUGCUAAAAAGGAUCUGCUUGUUGGUUGUUUGGUGGAUAUUUGUCCUUACGGAACUUUUGAAAGUGCCAGAGACCAUUUUUGGGGAACUUGCUUGGAGCAUAACCAGCCCGGCCCCAUUCCUCAUCCCUACACCCCAGCUCCUAGACCAAGUGAGCCCACCGAUUGUGAUGAACCAACUGACGAACCAACUGACGAACCAACUGACGAACCAACUGACGAACCAACUGAUUGUGACGAACCAACUGAUGAGCCAGAAACAGACUGUGAGUCAGAUAAGGAAAUCGACCUGGACUGCGAAUGGGAAGAAGAAGAAUCAACUGAUGCAGAUGGGAAUGUCAUCACCAUUAGAAAACCAGUCAACGUCUCCAAAAAACACAGGAAGUCGCCACAGGAUAACCCAGUCCGUAGGAAAGUGGUGAUCAAAAGACCCAUUGCUAACAAAAACGUUAAAAAAAUCACCAAAAAAGUUAUUAGCCAAUAUUAA